CCCUCCGCGGGGAGUCACGUGCCCCGCCCCCUUGGGGGCGUCGAAAACUCAAAACAAAAACAAGGGGUUUACUGGGGCAUCGCUGAGGCUGCAGCGGUGCGGGUGAACACAGACGUUUUGGGGCGCCGGCGGAGGGCCCGGGCGGAGGCUGGGCGCUCGGGCAGCGGGAUGAGGCCGGUGCUGUGAGGCCGAAGGGGCGGUGGUGGCAGGGGAAGAGUCGGAUGCUGGUCCCGGAUCACCGCUGAGGCGGCAGGUCCCCGACCUCGGAGACAGGACCGGACCCCCUUGCCGCGCCUGUCCACUCCGGACCGCGACGCUGGGGCCGGUGGAGGUGCAUCUCCGGCACGAUGAAGGAUUUGGGGGCACAGCAUUUGGCAGGUGAUGAAGGAGUCCAGCUUCUCGGGUUGUUGAGCUUCUACCUGGAACAAGAACAGAGAUUCCAACCUCGAGAGAAAGGGCUGAGCUUGAUCGAGGCCACCCCAGAGAAUGAUAACACUUUAUGUUCAAGAUUGAGAAAUGCCAAAGUAAAAGAUUUAAAGAGCUUAACUAACUUUUUUGGAUCUUGCACUGAAACUUUUGUCCUGGCUGUCAAUAUUCUGGACAGAUUCUUGGCUCUCAUGAAGGUGAAACCUAAACAUUUGUCUUGCAUUGGAGUCUGUUGUUUCUUGCUGGCUGCUAGAAUAGUUGAAGAAGAAUGUAAUAUUCCAUCCAUUCAUGAUGUGAUUCGGAUUAGUCAGUGUAAAUGUACCGCUUCUGAUAUAAAACGGAUGGAAAAAAUAAUUUCGGAAAAAUUGCACUAUGAACUGGAAGCUACUACUGCCUUAAACUUUCUGCACUUAUACCACACCAUUGUACUCUGUCAUACUUCAGAAAGAAAAGAAAUACUGAGCCUUGAUAAACUGGAAGCUCAGCUGAAGGCUUGCAACUGCCGACUUGUCUUUUCAAAAGCAAAACCAUCUAUAUUAGCUUUGUGCCUUCUCAAUUUGGAAGUAGAAACUUUAAAAUCUGUUGAAUUACUGGAAAUUCUUCUGCAUGUUAAAAAACAUUCCAAGAUUAAUGACACUGAGUUCUUUUACUGGAGGGAAUUGGUUUCUAAAUGCCUGGCUGAAUACUCUUCUCCUGAGUGUUGCAAACCAGAUCUUAAGAAGUUGGUUUGGAUUGUUUCGAGGCGCACAGCCCAGAACCUCCACAACAGCUACUACAGUGUUCCUGACCUGCCCACAAUCCCAGAGGGGGGCUGCUUUGACGAAAGUGAAAGUGAGGACUCUUGUGAAGACAUGAGCUGUGGAGAAGAGAGCCUGAGCAGUUCUCCUCCCAGUGAUCAAGACUGCACGUUCUUCUUCGACUUCAAAGUGGCGCAGACACUGUGCUUUCCCUCUUAGAACUCUCCAGGUUCUGUGUCAGAAUUUAAAGUGUGUGUAACAGUUUCAAAGCAAUAAAUGGGGAGUAGGUAGUUUUCUGAUCCAGCCUCCAUGUAGGCAGGAAUUACAUAGACUGGACUACCUGCCUUCUGUUUAUUAUUCAGAUCAGAUCUGGCCUAUUUUCAUAUUUAAUCCUAAGCCAUCAAAUGGGUUAGUGCCUCUUAAACAAUUAACAAUACUUUAGACAUUGGCACUUUAUUUUCCUCGUUGAUCUUUAGCUACUUCGGGGAGAAGGGAAGGUGCUGAAACCUUUGUUACUUUUCAAGAAGAUUUUUAAUGAUGAAUAGUGUAGCUUACCUUGAAAUUUUAUAAAGCCAUCAGGUGUCUUUAUUUAACAGAUUGGGAGUGUGCAAGCGCUUCCUUAGCAGGGCCAAUGGGUAAUCCUUGAAUGGUUUAUCCAAGAUUUCCUCUCCCCAUCCUCACAACAGAGGCUAAUCAGUACUCUGGGAUGUCAAACACCUAUUUUGUUGUUUUGCUUUUCAAAUGAUCGUGUACUCUGAUGCAGAUGCUGUAACUUUAGGAAUUAUAAUAUUGACAUUUCUGUGAAUUUUAGUUUGUAAAGUCUUCAUUGGGGUUUCUGCUAAAGCAGAAAUAAUUGUCAGGCUAGGGCUCUUAGUUGCAUUAUUAAUGCCUACGUAUUGUCAGACUAUAGUAUUAUUUGAAUGUUUAAAGAAUCCAUAAUUUGGUAGUUUUGCAUGCACCUGUAUGAAAGCGGUACAGGAAGUUGAACAGAGCUAGGUAACUAUGGAGUUGAUAGAUGUUGGUCUAGUAGCACAUUUUAUCUCAUUUUUAUAUUAAAAUGUCUGCACGAUUACAUUUUACUUCCUUUGUAAUUCACAUUUCAAAAAUAAUGUAUUAGUACAUGGGUGCCAAGACUUGAAUAUGAAGUAAAAAGAGCUCAAGUAUUUGUAGUAUUACAGUUUUAAGCAAAUCUGUGUGGUGAUGCAGCCAUAAGAAUGGGGGUGUAUCAACUCUGUACACCUAAGAUUUUGUACAGAGAAUUUUAAACUUUAUAAGCUGUGUAUGAAAAUGUAAAUCUUUAAAAAUGUACAUAAAAAUGCUGUAUUUUUUUACCUUGUGUUUGUGAUAAUCUAGUCAUUGCAUGUAAAUAUAAUUUAUUGUGUAUUCUGUAUUAUAAUCAGACAUGGAUGACUUACUUUUGUUUGUACUGGUAAGUCAAAAUCCAUGGGAUGUUUUCUGAGGUAGAGCUUUUUGAAGGGAUAAUAGGUUACAAUUGAAAAUAAAAACAUUAAUGAAUUCUCCUUGUUUGCAAUCAUAUCCCAGUUUUUAAUCUUUUGGUAAAAGUUGUUGCUGAAUUUCAAUGAGAAGCCCUGAAGUGAGACUGGAGCACUUCCAUAGACAGCCUUGUGACUAGCUACCAGAAGUCCUCUCAGUUUGUCACCAAAGUGACCCUUAGCCUCUGAAAUUCUGAAAGGGAAUCUGUCACAUGAGAAUUGACCCCUCUCUGGGGCAGAGUCAUAUUAAGCAAGCUCUCAGAAGCUAGUGUGGUAACUUGAAUGCCAAUUAAUUUGUAGUGCAAGCAGUAGAUGUAAAGUCGGCUAGAAUGUCCAGACUGACACAUAGAAUAUACUUUCUGGAGAUGAACCGAAUUCAAAUCAGAAUAGUUACUUGGUGAGUAAGCAUGGGGUG